UAUUGGGGAGAGAUAAAAAAAAUUGAAGAUAUAAAUUCAUGAUUUGAAAUGUUUAAAUCCAGCGGUAAAUUUUGAAUCACCGAAUUUAAAUAAUAGAGUUGUACAGGCCAGUACUUCGAAUCCCAUAAGCACAAAUCAACUAGUCCAUUUCAUUAUAGAAAAUAAAAUGAUGAAUCUCCGGCUAUCAUCAGUUCUGUUCCGGCAGCUAUUUUCCGUUUAUGUACUGAUAAUAGCAAUGUCAAGUACUUUAAGUUAUUCCGAGUGUGAAUUCGAGGCAAUAUUUAACUUCGGCGACUCAAAUUCCGACACUGGAGGUUUCUGGGCAGCAUUUCCAGCUCAGUCAGGUCCUUUUGGCGCAACCUACUUCAAGAAACCAGCCGGUAGAGCUUCCGACGGCAGGUUAACCGUCGAUUUCCUAGCUCAAGGUCUUGGAUUUCCAUAUCUGAGUCCUUAUUUGCAAUCAAUUGGAUCAAAUUUCAAACAUGGGGCCAAUUUUGCAACAUUGGCAUCGACAGUUUUGUUGCCAAACACGUCACUAUUUGUUACUGGUAUUAGCCCCUUUUCUCUUGCAAUUCAGCUCAAUCAAAUGAAAGAAUUCAAAGUUAAAGUCCAUGAGUUUCACUCCAUCAAUCAAAGAGGAGCAAGUAUGCUUCCAUCACCUGAUGUUUUUGGGACAUCUAUUUAUACGUUAUACAUUGGUCAGAAUGAUUUCACUUCAAAUUUAGCAGCUAUUGGUAUAAGUGGAGUUAAGCAGUAUCUUCCUCAAGUAGUUUCACAAAUUGCUUGGAGUAUUAAAGAGCUACAUGCAUUAGGAGGUCGAACGAUCUUAGUGUUGAAUCUUGCACCAGUGGGAUGUUAUCCUGCAUUGUUGGCAGGCCAUCUUCACAAUAGCUCAGACAUCGAUACAUUUGGCUGCUUGAUCUCGUACAACAACGCGGUGGCAGACUACAAUACCAUGCUGAAACAGGCACUAAUCGAAACUCGAAACACACUUCUGAAUGCCUCUGUUGUAUAUAUAGACAUGUAUUCUCUUUUGUUAGAGCUUUUUCAGCAUCCAGCUUCUCACGGGUUUAAGUAUGGUACUAAAGCAUGUUGUGGAUAUGGAGGAGGUGCUUAUAAUUUUGAUUCUCAAGUUUAUUGUGGGAAUACCAAAGUUAUCAAUGGAAGCAAAAUAACAGCUUCAGCAUGUGAGGACCCUUAUAACUAUGUAAGCUGGGAUGGAAUUCAUGCCACUGAAGCAGCUAAUAAGAUUGCUGCAAUGGCUAUCCUCAAUGGCUCUUAUUCUGAUCCUCCUUUCUCCUUUCACCAUUGUCGCGUUCAUCCUAUCGAUUGAUGAGGUUCGUUUUAAGCUCAUAAAGGUAAAGAACAAAGUGUCCUCAUGGCCUCUGAACUUGUACGUCGGUAUCUAUUGAUUUACAUUUAGCCAUUUUAAUCAAUUGGGAACAAUACUCCCUAAUUUUAUGUCAAUAAACCUCAAACUUGUACCAGCACAUCCCGUGAAUCCGUUCAUUUUGUACAAUUUGGGUGUUAAUUGAUUUAAACUUAGAGAAAAUUAUGCCCAA